UAUUUUUUCAUCCCUUAGGCUGAUCUCGAGGAAAUGCUAAACGAAGCCAAGAACUCGGAGGAGAAGGCUAAGAAGGCCAUGGUUGACGCCGCUCGCCUGGCUGACGAGCUCCGCGCCGAGCAAGAGCACGCCCAGAACCAGGAGAAGAUGCGCAAAGCUCUGGAGGUUUCCGUUAAGGAACUGCAGACCCGCCUCGAGGACGUCGAGAACAAUGCCAUGAAGGCUGGCAAGAAGGCUGUUGCCAAGCUGGAAAGCAGAGUUAGCGAACUGGAAAGCAACCUUGAUACCGAGUCUCGCCGCCACGCCGACGCCCAGAAGAACCUGAGGAAGUGCGAGAGGCGCAUCAAGGAGCUCAGCUUCCAGUCCGACGAGGACAAGAAGAACCACGAGAGGAUGCAGGACCUGGUCGACAAGCUCCAGCAGAAGAUCAAGACCUACAAGCGCCAGAUCGAGGAGGCCGAGGAGAUCGCCGCCCUCAACCUGGCCAAGUUCCGCAAGGCCCAGCAGGAGCUGGAGGAGGCUACAGCUAAUGCAUAAUUGAAACAAUCUUACAGUUUACCAAACAGUAGUUUAGGAUGAAAAUGUGGAAAUUAUGAAUAAAAAGUAAAUAUAUU